AACAAAAGAGAUGAACAUCUUUUGAAAAAAAGAAAUGUUCCCCAAGAAGAAAGUCUAGAAGAUUCUGAUGUUGAUGCUGACUUCAAAGCACAAAAUGUAACACUAGAAGCUAUACUGCAGAACGCCACAAGCGACAACCCAGUAAUCCAACUGAGUGCUGUCCAAGCUGCAAGAAAACUCCUAUCCAGUGACAGAAAUCCACCUAUUGAUGACUUAAUAAAAUCAGGAAUUUUACCAAUUCUGGUAAAAUGCCUAGAAAGGGAUGAUAAUCCUUCAUUACAAUUUGAAGCUGCAUGGGCAUUGACUAACAUAGCGUCAGGCACUUCUGCACAGACUCAAGCUGUUGUACAGUCUAAUGCAGUACCCCUCUUCUUGAGACUACUUCAUUCGCCGCACCAGAAUGUUUGUGAGCAAGCUGUCUGGGCUCUCGGAAAUAUUAUAGGUGAUGGUCCUCAGUGUAGAGAUUAUGUCAUAUCACUGGGAGUUGUCAAACCUCUUCUGUCCUUCAUCAAUCCCUCCAUUCCCAUCACCUUCCUUCGGAACGUCACAUGGGUCAUUGUAAAUCUCUGCAGGAAUAAGGACCCCCCACCGCCUAUGGAGACAGUUCAGGAGAUCUUGCCAGCAUUGUGUGUUCUCAUUUACCAUACAGAUAUAAACAUUCUUGUGGACACUGUUUGGGCUUUGUCCUACUUAACGGACGGUGGAAACGAACAGAUACAAAUGGUGAUUGAUUCAGGAGUUGUACCUUUUCUAGUUCCCCUUCUGAGUCAUCAGGAGGUUAAAGUUCAAACAGCAGCACUGAGAGCAGUAGGCAACAUAGUAACUGGUACUGAUGAACAGACACAAGUUGUUCUCAAUUGUGAUGUUUUGUCUUAUUUCCCAAAUCUCCUGACGCAUCCAAAAGAGAAGAUAAAUAAGGAAGCAGUAUGGUUCCUUUCCAAUAUCACAGCAGGAAACCAGCAACAAGUUCAGGCUGUAAUAGAUGCUGGGCUAAUCCCCAUGAUCAUACACCAGCUGGCUAAGGGGGACUUUGGGACACAAAAGGAAGCUGCUUGGGCAAUUAGUAAUUUGACAAUAAGCGGGAGAAAAGAUCAGGUUGAAUACCUUGUACAGCAAAACGUAAUCCCACCCUUCUGCAAUCUACUCUCAGUAAAGGAUUCUCAAGUGGUACAGGUGGUGCUGGAUGGCCUGAAAAACAUCCUGAUAAUGGCUGGUGAUGAGGCUAGCACAAUAGCUGAGAUUAUAGAAGAGUGUGGAGGGUUAGAGAAAAUCGAGGCCUUGCAGCAGCAUGAGAACGAAGACAUUUAUAAACUAGCCUUUGAAAUCAUAGAUCAGUAUUUCUCUGGUGAUGACAUCGAUGAAGAUCCCAGUCUCAUUCCCGAAGCCACUCAAGGAGGUACUUACAACUUCGACCCCACGGCCAACCGUCAAACAAAAGAAUUUAAUUUUUAAGUCGAAAAGAAAAGUGCAGCUUCUCUGUCCCACACCAGUACGAAGCACCACGGGAUGGCUACCAAGGGAAGAAAACAAAAGGCUCCAAGACACACACGCCUCUUCGUUUUGAUGCUUCUAAAGCAAGCCAUGUAUCGGUCACUUUGCAGUUGCCAAACGUCACUGUCACGUGGACUGUCAGUGCAUAUGCAUGAUCUCUUCAACUGUUUCAGAACUCUCUUUAACAGUCCCAACUACCUUCUUUUUUUGUUUUGUUUUGUUUUGUUUUUGGCCUUCUUCCUGGUGCCACAUGCUGACAACCGCAAUCUGCAGUUUCCUUAAGAAUAUUCCACAGUGGUGGCGCACUGGCUUUCCACCAAGGAAAAGUAGCUUCUGCGGAAAAACGGUGCGCUGUGGAUCGAGACACUUGGGUAUGAUGCGUACGUUUUGGAAGACUUCACGGGAGCCCAGUUUGCUCUGGGCCUCCAUCAUCGUCCUCCACAAACAUGUUUUCAUACGCUGUACAUGGAAGAAUUGAUUCAGAAACGCAAGCCAAAUGAAUUUCAUGGGUGAAACUGAAAUGAAAAGUAACUUUAAAAAAAGAAACAAACCAACAACAAAACAAAAGCAAAAACACUUGGCAAUUGAUUAAAACACUUAAACGACAAACCUACUUCAGCUAUCGGUAAUUGAUGUGUGUUCAUUAACUGCCUCAGAAACCAGGGUUGGAGAAUGAACUGUAGAUUUGGACUGGUAAAGCUUUUGCCAUUAGACCUAAUUUUUGAGAACAGCGAGCCCGAUUUGACCACUCACUUCAGCCUGUGUGUUCCUGCUGUUUUGAAGUAAUCCAAUGCUGUGCAUGGUAUUUUACCUGAGCUACAACCUGUUAUGGACUUGAACUUCUGUUUAAGCUGAAAGCAAGAGUCCCAGACUGUAGAGAAGAAAAAAAAUUGGUCCCAAAACCAAAUGUAUUAGUUAAAAAGAAUCUUGCUUUCAACUUUCAGUGGUCAAUCUAUUUUUGUUUUAAAUUGAUAAUUGGAUAUGGUUGAUUUAUAUUGGGUUUCAACUGUGGAGCUUUCAUGUUUACUGUAAUUUAGUCUUAAACUAUUUUUUACUUAGUAACCAGUGCUUAUGAUGAUGUGGUUGGCAACAAACCAGCAACUACUUAGAAGCGUCGCAAAAGCUUCAUUCUUGGAGUAUGGGAAGAGUAAUUCGGAAACGAGUCGCAGAAUCUUAUUGACGUGAUUAAAACAAACCCAAGAUGCAAACUGGUUGAUGUGUGAGGCUGUGUGGAAGCUGCCGUUACGCAGCGUAAACCUGAUGUGCAGCGCACAUGAAAUAACUCUACGGAAGGUAUAGUGAGGUCAUCGCUUUCGGAAAAAUCCUCCGACCCAGUCCAAGGGAUUUCAGUAUCGCCGGGGUGAAGGUCGGUAACGUUGGAAUUCUGUAAGCUAUCACACAAACUGGUUUUGUUGCUGUUGUUUACUGGGUGUAAUUUCCCAAUGCAUUGAUGUGAAGGGAUAGAAAAAUCUAAACUAAUUUAGUUCUUGGAUGUGGGUUGUAUUUACUGUGAUGAAGAUAAGGACAGAUGCCAUCAGAGCUUUGUGGAUCAGCUGUUUUCCCACUGAUGAACAACGCAUAGCAGGUGUGCAUUCAUUAAAUAGAUAUCUGCCAAGGUGGAGCCACUUUAAAGAGUGAGUUGUCUUGUAUCUCAGCGGGAUACAAGCGUGUGUUUAAACUGCAAGAUUUUUACUUGCUAGAUAAUCUGUUUUAAUAUAGUGGUUUGGCCUCUGAUUAUUUAUAGGUUUUAUAAAUUUUAGAAUCAAUUUCUCUUUAAGGUGGCUCGGAUUUUUCAACUCUCGUGCACAUAAAAUUGAGUUGAAGUUCAUUGUGCCUUUUUUCUUUUCCCAAAAGUUGAGUUGAAGCUUCAUAUGGUAACUGCAUCCUCUUCACACACUAUAGUCUAAAAAUCUUGAAACCGUGUGGUGUUCGCUAAAACAAACCAACUAAACAAGAAGAAGUCAAAGUUAGGUAAGGUCACAAAGUUCUUGUAGAGUUCCAGCCGACGGUAUCGUGAACAAAUACUCCCCCCUCCCCCUUCCAAUUCCAUUUGGGCUCCCCAUAUGCCGCAGAGACCGACGGAUACCCCGUUCGGCCUGCGCUGUUUAUCCCGGAGUUGACAGCCAAAUUGGGACUGAAACAGGUGUUUCCCCCGACUGUGAAGAUUCGAUCCUUUCCUUGCACUCGGCGCACUACAAGCGGGCGUCGGGGGACUGGGUGCGGCAGGACAGAGCGUUUGCUCCGUUAUUUCUGUUGUGACCUUACCAGCUUUCGAUUGGGAUUGCACCAUUUCAGAGUUAAUAAAGGAAAACAAAGUAUAUUGCUGCACUUUUACGUUUUCAGAACAGUGUUUAAAAUUGCAUUGUUUUUAUUAUUUUUUUAAACUAUCAGUUAAAAUAGACUAAAACGUUCUUUCAAAGAGGCAUCUAAAUGUGUUCCUAAUUUUGUAUAUGGGCUUAGGUUUUGUAACCAAUAAAAAGCUGCUAUCAAAUACU